UGAGCCUGUGCUUUGGUUCGCUGCUGGUCUCCCUACCAGUGAUGCGAGCCUGGACUGGGAGACUGGAAAUCCUGUGCAAGUGCAAUCGCCAGUGGGAAGUACUUUGCGGUACUGCACCAGGAUUACGGCAUUUGUAUUUUUAUUUUUUUACGAAAAGCCUUGCCUUCAUUCAUCGUCACUGCUCGGGGGAAAAGCGAACGGCACCAGAGGGUUGUUUCUGACCAAGUGACUACUUUUCCGCAAUCAUCCAACUAUUAGAUGUGACCUCGAGGUUGAUCAGGAGAAGCCACCAUGCCUUGAGUACAGAAAGGCCCCCCAGAGCCCGCUCCCCCCACCCUGAACCACAUCCCCCCACCCCCACCCAUCAUCACCAUAGCCCUUCAUCCAGCCCCGCUCUCCUCCCUGAUCCCCCGGCACAUGUGAGGAACAGGCUUGCCUGCCCUGGAUGCUCGCUGGCCCACCCCUCUGGUCAUCCUGGUGAAAUGAGCUUAGCUAAGCACCAUCAGUUUGGCAGUGGUAGUGGCGGGGUCAUGGGCUCUGACAGGGAUCUGCAAUCCACCGCCUCUUCCAUUUCCAUUUCCUCUGUGAAGAAAGCUCCCAAGAAAAGGCGCCUAUCCCUGGCUUCUCUGUUUAGAUGGCGAGGGCGGGAGGCCAAAUCAGUACGGCGAAAAUCUCGUGAGCUGCAAAACCCCGGGCCGGGUGGGCUCACAGGUGUAGAUGGCAUCGCUAGCAUUGAGAACAUCCACUCCGAGAUGUGUUGCGAAAAGACCUCUGCCUUCUUCACUGUGGCUGGGACCGAAGCUCCCUCUGCCGCUUAUGUUGCUGCCUCCACCUCAUCUGCCUCGGGACCUUGUGUAACUGCCUCCACCCCGUCUUCUCCCAAGACGGAGAGUGGAAUGGAGACGGAGCUUUUGGAGUGCCCCCUCUGCCUUCUGCAACGCUCGAGGGAGAGUUUCCCUGACAUCAUGACUUGUCACCACCGCUCUUGCGUUGACUGCCUUCGGCAGUACUUGCGCAUUGAAAUCUCAGAGUCGCGUGUCAACAUUUGUUGCCCCGAGUGCUCGGAGCGUUUCAAUCCACAUGACAUCUGCCUGAUUCUCGGCGACCGGAGUCUGAUGGAGAAAUAUGAAGAGUUCAUGCUCAGAAGGUGGUUGGUGGCUGACCCUGACUGCCGUUGGUGUCCGGCGCCCGAUUGUGGGUAUGCGGUUAUUGCCUUUGGUUGUGCUAGCUGCCCCAAAAUCACCUGCGGGAGGGAGAGUUGUGGUACAGAGUUCUGUUAUCUCUGUAAGCAGUUGUGGCACCCCAACCAAACCUGUGACGCAGCACGACAGCAGAGAGCCCAAAGUCUUCGCCUCCGGACGGUUCGCUCGUCAUCCCUCAGCUCCAGCCAAGAGAGCGCGGCCACAGCCGAUGACAUCAAGCCAUGCCCACGCUGCGCUGCUUAUAUUAUCAAAAUGAAUGAUGGCAGCUGUAACCACAUGACCUGUGCUGUCUGUGGCUGUGAGUUCUGCUGGCUUUGCAUGAAAGAGAUCUCAGACCUACAUUACUUGAGUCCGUCAGGUUGUACCUUUUGGGGGAAGAAACCAUGGAGUAGAAAGAAGAAGAUUCUUUGGCAGUUGGGAACACUGGUUGGUGCCCCUGUUGGUAUUGCGCUGAUCGCUGGUAUAGCGAUCCCUGCUAUGGUUAUUGGCAUCCCUGUUUAUGUGGGAAGAAAGAUUCAUAAUCGCUAUGAAGGUAAAGAUAUCACCAAACACAAAAGGAAUCUCGUGAUUGCAGGAGGCGUGACACUUUCUGUCAUUGUGUCUCCAGUGGUUGCAGCAGUCACUGUUGGCAUUGGAGUUCCCAUUAUGCUUGCUUAUGUUUACGGUGUGGUGCCCAUCUCUUUGUGCCGGAGCGGGGGCUGUGGCGUCUCCACGGGCAAUGGAAAAGGUGUUCGGAUAGAAUUUGAUGAUGAGAAUGACAUGAAUGUCGCCACCGGAACAGCAGCAACUGAUUCCACAUCUGUGGCAGACACUAGAAACAAUCCCAGCAUCAGCGAAGGCAGUGUUGGGGGUCUGACAGGCAGUUUGAGUGCCAGUGGCAGCCAAAUGGACCGACUUGGGGCCAUGAGGGACAACCUGAGUGAAACGGCAUCCACCACAGCCCUCGCCGGAGCCAGCAUCACUGGCAGCCUCUCGGGCAGCGCCAUGGUCCACUACUUAAGCAGGUUGGAAGUGCAAGCUGAUGUGCAAAAGGACCAUUGCAGUCUCAGUGGUGAAUCUGGCACCGUCAGCCUCAGUGCCGUCAGCGACAAUGCAAGCACUAAAGCGAUGGCUGGAUCUAUUCUAAAUGCUCACAUUCCACUUGAAAGGGAUGGGAACAGUAUGGAAGUCCAAGUGGACAUUGAAUCCAAACCUGCCAAGCUGCGCAACCACAGCGGCAGCAGCAGUGUGGACGACAGCGGCCACAUUGGCCACUGUUGCUCAAACUGCCCAUCUAACGACUGCUCGACCCCGGAGGGCCAAGGAGCAGCUGCCAAAUGCCUUUCCUCUACCAACUCGGGAGUCAAAAAGAGCAACAGCAAACUGCACAAGAAGGGGAACAGAGGCACAAAGAUGAACGAGCCAAAGGAGGACUUGGAUGCUCAGGUUUUGGGGCAGCGUAGCCCUAACUCUUUAGAGUGCGACUCUCCUUCUCUGAGCGGCAGUCUAGCCUCCGUUUCGGACUCCCACUCCAGCCACUUCUCCGAGUUGAGCUGUUGUGAUCGGGAGAGCAUGAAAACGUCGUGUAGCCACGGCUCUGGCGGAGGCGACUACCACGCACGUUUCGCCGCCAUCAGCCCCUUGCCCGAGGUGGAGAACGACAGGCUGGAGACUUGCCCUGCUUCACGGACUCCGCCCCUGGUUCCCCGCUCGCCUACCUCCUCGCCGGCUCGUGCUGCAGAGCUCUGCUCCCUCCGCUUCAUCGCAGAGGACAACGUCAUGGUGUGCCCCACCGAGUGGGACUCUCAGAGAGACACUGUGCAGCUAACAAAAGAAAGCAACAACAAUCAGCUCCCACUACAACAUACCAAUCAAACCCAGCACAAGAAUUCAUGUAAGCAGACGGACAUAUAAAACAUCAAUACCACAAGUGCUGCAUAGAUUGGCCCUCUUUUCAGUCAGUCACGUUACCAACAGAAAACAGCCACCUUCGACGACAUGGAUGGAGCCUUGCGUGUCAACUGGCCGCUGGUGGGAGGAGCUAGACCAUUUCUUUGAGUCUGUGGAGGUUUGAGAUGAAAACCAUUGUGCCAGUUUGGAUUAGUUUUCCUUGUUGUUCCUGUGAGGAAACUGUUCUCCAUUCAGCUUUGGGCGCUUCUCUAGAGGCCUUGAUUGACAACAAAGUUACUUUAACUUUGAUUGCUAACAUUUGUUUUGGAACGUUUCAUCAUGCCUCAUGAUGUAAGACGAGAGUGUGUUUUGAUACCUUUUGUUUGUUCACUCAUGGUGCCUUUAAAAGCAGUUUGUG